GCCUGAUCGCGCUUGGAGUGUAUUCUGGACGGAUCCGAACGGUUCACGCCUCCAAACGUUAGCCACUCGAUCGUACUGAAGUACGAUGAAUUGAUGCCUGAACUGACGUCUCAUCAACUACUUCGAGUCUAAUUGCUUGGCCGUUGGCAUGUUGGGGAGACCUCGAGACCUGUCCAGGACCUGAGUGGAUGACAACACUAACCGUGUAACCACCGUGAUGUUUGUUCUCAUGGUGUAUCUCCUGUUCAUCUUGCUGUUCCUGAUCUUGGUUUUCACCGUUUAAAGCUGUGGCCCGCGGGGGGGAUUGAGCCUGGCUUUCUCUCGCGGACCCUUCAUUGGCGUCAAUUUUCUGUCUUGAACCCCGUGUGGAGCUUGUUGAUCUUGUGAUCGGGGGAAUUGGCAUCCGUCCAAUUGAACCGACCCCUGAUUACGAUUGAGUUGGGAGUUGUUGGUCAAGCAGUCCUUGUUGAGCGCGUGAGUGGAUCGCUGGGUCUCCAAGUGCCUGCCCAGGUUAGAAUCCCGUUGUCUGGUGUCCGUUAGCCCUUGAUCGGUAUUGGGUCCCUGGUAUUUAUUGGACUGAUCCGUACUACCCCGUCCUCGUCCGUGAACAUCAUGGAAGUGACCCAUUCGCUGAAGGCGUGGUCGACUCGACCACGAGUGUUCCAGAAACUUUGGCCCACCUCUGACUCCCGCGGGGCUCGCCGACCCGCCUCCACAUUUUCCACUGUGGUCCAGAAAACCACUUCCACCGCCUCGUCCCACUCACUGCCACCGCCCGUUCCCGCCCUGAAGUUGCACCGGCCCGUGUACGCCCAGGCCCAGGCUUUCAAAACGCGCAUAGCCGUAUGCGACAAUGACGGCAAUUUUCUCUAUGAAGAUAUCUUUCGACGGAGUCUGGAUCUGUCCCAGAUGAUCGCCGACAUGCUGCCUUCCCAGGCCCCUCAUCAGCGGAUCGCCAUCUUGUGUCCCAAUGGGGCCAGCCACGUCAUCACCCAAUGGGCGUGUUGGAUGAGUGGCCACAUUGCCGUCCCUUUGAACCAGGCCCAAACCCCGGCUGAGAUGGAGUUUUGUCUGCAAGAUUCGGAUUGCUCCUUGGUCAUUUCCGCCAAGAGUCAAAUCGAUCGGAUCAACGACGUGGCCCAGAAGUUAGGCCGCAAACUGAUUUGUCUGGAUCACACGUGGACGGCUCAUCCCAAGAAAUCGUUCGAAGAUGAUGCCCUACCAUUUCCCCAGGAUCCCCAGAGUGAAGAGUUCUACUUGUCUCAUCCGGGUGCUCUCAUUUUGUACUCUCGUAAAUAUACAGAUAAGCCCAAGGCCGUGCUUUUCGGCCACAAUGAGCUCAACCAUCAAAUGCUGCACAUAUCUCAAGCAUGGGACCUCACGGAGAAGUGUUCCUUACUCCACACAUUACCCUUGGACACCGCUUAUGGGAACAUCACGUCGAUGCUCACGCCUUUAUCCGUGGGCGGACGGAUCGUGAACCUUUCGCAAUUCGACACCGUCAAAGUUUGGUCGUAUCUCCUCGGUAUCGGUGUGAAUUGUCCCGAGCCUCUGCCUAAAGUCAACAUGUUCCCGUCCUUACCCGGAUAUUAUGGCAAGCUGCUGACCCGCUAUAGAGAGAUCUUUGUGGAUAAGAAGAAGAAGGAUUACGUACGAAGCACGUUGUUGAAACGGAUUCGAGGCAUGUUCAGUAGUAUGGACCUUGUAUCGCGAGAUCUUCGAAAAUCCUGGCAUUCAGCUACUGGUCACCAGAUCAUCGAUUGUUACACGAAAACCACGACCGGAACAGUGUUGAGUGGGCAAGUUCCUGAGCAUCAGAGCAAAAUCGUGAAACAUCAUUUACUUCCGUUGCGCUUAACAGAGACCAAAGUGGUUAGAACGCUAUCUACGGGCGGUGUGGAUGUUUUGGAUCUGAAUUGCCAAAGCCGUCACACCGUGAUGGGUGAGCUCAUGUUAAAGGCUCCCGGACAGUCGAAACAAAUCAAGACAGACAGCCAAGGCUUCGUAUCCACGGGAGACAAGGUUAAAGUUAGCCGUGGUGGAAUUGAAGUACUUUGAGGAUUCACAUAUCGUGAUUUCGUUGAUUUUGUGUGCAAGGACCCUCGUGACAUCACUGUCGUUUCUCAGUGCUGUUCCAACGAAUGUCAGAUUUAGGAGAAAAAAAAACCCGAACAGUUCACCAAUGCAAAUGUGUGGUUGUCAGUUCUUGAUCGACCCCAGUGUACAUGGAUAACGAUUGCUGAUGAUGAGUAAGAGAAGAUGCUCGUUUCUGGUGUGAACCCUAAAUUUCCGUAUAUUUUCCUAUAGGACUCCGGAAUACAUUCAGAUUACGACAGACGA